ACGAUCUCUACAUGCAUGGGCACAUUGUGUACCCAGGUCGGUGACGCUGCUAUCAAGAUUACGUAGAACGCCACGACUACAUGCCAUCAUCGUGAGAGUGACGCUUGAUCAAGCCAAAUGUCAGACUUGAGGAGCGCAAUCCGGACGUAUCUCCAGGGUCAUCAGAGCUGAGGAGAUUCCAGCCUCUCUGGGUGGCAAUCCUCCAAGCAUGAGGGUAUAAAUGGAUUCCAUCAACAAACUUACUGCAGCUUAAACCGUCGUCCUUGUGCUCUUGUCUAUCAAAUCACUCGACACUACAGAUCUCACAAAUCCAGGUUACAUCUCAAUUGCCCACACCAACACAGCACAAUGGGCUCCAGAAUCGACUCCAUCACCGGCAACGGUCUACCUGAGGAGACCAAAGUCGGUGCAAAACGCUUCGCCGACUUUGACCUUGGCGGUAAAACAUUUAUCGUCACUGGCGGAGCCCAAGGCCUUUGUCUGGCAUUGGCGGAAGGACUCGUCGAAGCUGGAGGGAGAGUCUACUGCCUCGACAUGGCCCCGCCCCCCGUCGCAGGGUGGGAGGAAGCCCUGUCGCGCGUCCAGCCCGAGUUCGGUGGCUCCCUCGAGUACCGCCAGAUCGACAUUGGGGACACAAACAAGCUCGAGCACCUCAUUGACUCAAUUGCGCGAGAGCACAAAGGACUGCAUGGCGUCCUCGCGGCAGCCGCCUUCCAGCAGGUCACCCCGGCCACCGAGUACACGGCCAGGGACGCCAACGCCAUGAUGAACAUCAACUACACCGGCGUCCUCAUGACGGCCACCAUUGCCGCCCGCAAGAUGAUGGAGUACAAGUGUCGCGGGAGCAUCUGCAUCGUCGCCAGCAUGUCGGGCCUCGUCGCCAACAAGGGACUCAUCUCGCCCGUCUACAACUCGUCCAAGGCUGCCCUCAUACAGCUCGCGCGCAGUCUCGCCAUGGAGUGGACACCGAUUCGGGAGGAUGGCACGGGCGGCAUCAGAGUGAACUGCAUCAGCCCUGGGUAUAUCAUGACGCCCAUGAUCAAGAAGGAGAUGGAGGAGAAGCCCGAGCUGGUGGAGAGCUGGGCGCAAGAUAACAUGAUGGGUCGGUUAGCGACGACGAGCGAGUUCAAGGGUGCUGCGCUUUUCUUGUUGAGCAACGCCAGUUCCUUUGUGACGGGCAGUAACAUUGUGAUAGACGGAAGGCAUACUGCUUGGUAGUUUUGGGGGGAAUCCGGUUUUAGCGUUUACAU